GCUGAACAGCAUGAGGAUGAGGGAGAUGUAGCGGCUGUUGAACGAGGCGACAGUCUUGGCCUGUAUCUUUUAAAGCCGUGUUUUACUGGAGGGCUGAUUUGCCGACUGAGAAUGACAAGGAACAAGAAAACACAUAAUUGUUGACAUGGUGUACCAGUAGAAGAGAUGUUUAUGAAAGGAGUCAACAAUGUCAGUCCUUUCUAACAGGUCUGACUGCGACCUGAAGGCUACCUUCUUGUAGAAGACAUGGACUAAAGAAGAAGAGUUUGUGUGUGUGUGUGUGUGUGUGUGUGUGUGUGUGUGUGUGUGUGUGUGUGUGUGUGUGUGUGUGUGUGGCGUGUGUUUGUGUGUGAAAGCCUCUGGAGAUAACCAUGGUGGUGAGGUGGUUGCUGAAGACAUCCCACUAAAGACAACAAACCAACAGAAAAUGAGCGCGUGAAGCUCUGGCUACCACGAAGGCCACUGCUGCAGGCUGGACAGCGCAGCCACAUGAUCACAUGACUCUGGACAUGGAUGCGGUCCUGUCAGACUUUGUUCGGUCCACAGGGGCAGAACCUGGUCUGGCACGUGACCUGCUGGAGGGUAAAAACUGGGACUUGAGCGCUGCUCUGAGUGACUAUGAGCAGCUGCGGCAGGUCCACACUGCCAACCUGCCACAGGUAUUUAAUGAGGGCCGUUACUACAAGCAGCCAGAGCACAGUGGAACCCCCCAGCACCUCAACAAGCUGGAGCAAUGCCUGCAGAGGCAAGAGGAGAACACUCAGGAGAAGCGUCUCUCCCGUGGCAUCUCACACGCCAGCUCAGCCAUCAUGUCUCUGGCGCGAAUGCACGUUACGGGAGAGUGCACCAGGGAGCAGUUGCCUCUCGAGAUGCCCAUCUACACCUUCCAACUACCUGACCUGAGUGUGUACAGCGAGGAUUUCCGCAACUUCAUUGAGCGUGACCUCAUUGAGCAAUCCACCAUGGUGGCACUGGAGCAGGCAGGCCGUCUGAAUUGGUGGUCCACUAUUUGUACGAGCUGUAAGAAGCUCCUGCCGUUAGCAACUACAGGGGAUGGCAACUGCCUACUGCAUGCAGCUUCUUUAGGGAUGUGGGGCUUCCAUGACAGAGAUCUGGUGCUGAGGAAGAGUCUGUAUGCUAUGAUGAAGAGCGGGGCAGAAAGAGAGGCUCUGAAGAGGAGAUGGAGAUGGCAGCAGACGCAGCAAAACAAAGAGUCAGGGUUGGUGUAUACAGAGGAAGAGUGGGAGAGAGAGUGGAACGAACUACUGAAGUUGGCCUCCAGUGAGCCUCGCACACACAUCAGCAAAAAUGGCAACACCAGUGGAGGUGUGGAUAACUCAGAAGACCCUGUCUAUGAGAGUCUGGAAGAGUUCCAUGUGUUUGUGUUGGCUCAUGUGCUGAGGAGGCCCAUCGUGGUGGUGGCUGACACCAUGCUUCGAGACUCUGGGGGAGAAGCUUUUGCACCCAUUCCAUUUGGAGGCCUCUAUCUGCCCCUGGAGGUGCCCCCUAACCGAUGUCACUGCUCGCCGCUGGUGCUGGCGUAUGACCAGGCUCACUUCUCUGCCCUGGUCUCUAUGGAACAGAGAGACCAGCAGCGAGAGCAAGCCGUCAUCCCACUGACAGACUCCGAGCACAAGCUUUUAGCCCUGCACUUUGCAGUGGACCCAGGCAGAGACUGGGAGUGGGGGAGGGACGACAACGACAACACCAAACUGGCCAAUCUUAUCCUCUCAUUGGAAGCUAAGCUAAACCUCCUGCACAGUUAUAUGAAUGUAACGUGGAUUCGAAUACCAUCAGAGACACGAGCUCCCCUUGCACAACCUGAGUCACCCACCGCAUCAGCAGGAGAAGAUGUGCAGUCUCUGGCCGAAUCCAUAGACUCGGACCGUGAGUCAGUCUGCAGCAACUCCAACCUCAACAAUGGCAAGACUAACAAAGAGAAAGACAAGGACAAGCAGCACAAAGAGAAAGAGAAAGCUCGUGCUGACUCAGUAGCCAACAAGCUGGGCAGCUUUAGCAAGACUCUAGGCAUCAAGUUGAAGAAGAACAUGGGUGGCCUGGGAGGUCUGGUACACGGCAAAAUCAGCAGGUCCACCAUAACAAAUGGACGUGCUGUGGAGAGCAGUGAACAGAAGCCCAAGAAGAAGGACUCCAAAAUACGCAAAGGGAGCAAAGAGGAGUCUGGCCAAUCUACUAGUACAUCAUCCUCUGAGAAAGCAACCAGCCCAUCUCCUACUGACAGAGUAUCAGGUACCUCGUCUGGAGAAAGGCAGGCCAGUUCUGCCAAAAUCCCAGAUGAGCGGACUCUGGACAACUGGAAGUACAGCACAGAUGUCAAGCUGAGCCUGAACAUCCUUCGUGCAGCCAUGCAGGGUGAACGCAAGUUCAUUUUUGCUGGUCUGUUGCUAACCAGCCAUCGGCAUCAGUUCCAUGAAGAGAUGAUAAGCUACUACCUGAGCAGUGCUCAGGAGCGCUUCAGCACCGAGCAGGAACAAAAGAGGAAAGGUGAGGCUGAGAAAAAGCCCCAGACCAAUGGCACCCUCAAAAAGCCUGAACAGGAGAGCACAUUCCAGAGAGAGCGCUCGGACAGCCCUCCCCCUGAGAGUUGCUCACCUGUUCUGCAGCCCAGCCAUAUCCACACACUAAAGGGGCAGGGGAGGAAUAGCCCUACCCUCGCUGCUUCCCCAGUUACCAUCCCUAAUGCCAACCCGCCUUCACUCCCUUGCUCAUCCAUGUCACCCGUCCCCUUCUCCUCUCCCAGUCAAGGUGCUAAGCGACAGGAACCUAUCCCGGUAUCCGCCCACUAUAGCCAUACGCCACCCAUUCAGCGGCACAGUGUCAUCCACCUGAGAGAUAGCAACACGCAGUCCUCCAGCUACCAGGACGAGCCCUAUAAAAUUCCAGUGGGGACACUGAAGACCUGUGCCACGUAUCCACAACAGAACCGCUCACUGUCCUCUCAGAGCUAUAGUCCAGCACGCAUGUCUGGGAUUCGUGCCAUCCAUGGCGGAGAUUCUAUGCCAUAUAGCAUGGCCGGUGAGCACAAAUCGCACACCUACACCAAUGGCUUUAAUGCAAGCCAUAUCCGGGACAGUCUGGAGUUUGCAGACGAGGAACUUGCGCCCCACUCCUGGUUCAGCCAUGAUAAAGCCAAGAUCCGCAGUGGAACCUGCCCCAUGUACUGCUUUCAGCAGAAGCGCUGCAAGAGGGAGAAUUGCUCCUUUUACGGCAGACCAGAGACAGAGAACUACUGCUCCUACUGCUACAGAGAGGAGAUGAAACGCAGGGAAAGGGAGGGCAAAGGACACCGACCAGGAUAGCCCCGCUCAUACACACACAUGCAGUGUAACACUGAUGUGUGUGUGCGAUUAUAAAGACAGCAGCAACGUCAUCACCCUCUGCACUAUGCGAGUAAUAGACAAAUACUGGCAUACAGUUUUCUAAUCUAUUUAAGAAUGAUCUCCUUGUAAUCUUGUUACUUUUCUUUCAAUAGCAAAAUGACACUGCAGUUUACAGCUUUGGCCAGAGAUUGUGCUGUCAUUUUAUUUGUCAGUUUGUCUUUUGUCCAAAUUUACAUUCUUUUACUUGUUCUAGAGUAAAAGCUCAUGUCUGUGCAUUUUGCUCAGUCUGUAAUAUAAAAUUUCUAGCACUAGCUAAAAGAGAUGUAAAAGCAUAUGUCAGUGUCCUCUGAGCUCUCCAAAAGCUACUGGGUAACUCAUUUGAAUGCAAUACUUCAAUCAAUUUCUCAAUAGCAAGUAACAUCUUUCUGCUUUGGAAAUAAUUCAAAUGGGAGGGGAGGAACCACUGAUAAACAGAAGGACGUUUUUUAAAAAGCAAUAAGUUUGGUAAUGAGCGCAGUCCCUCCCUUUUUAUCUAUGCAUUCUUAAUGUCAGCCAUAGUGUAUUGUCUUUGUGUAGAAAUGAGUGUGAUUUUAUCUGCCUGGAUGUAAGACGAUUGUACUGAAAUUUCAUUUGUGGCAAAUCAAAGUGUGCUGCAUGGUCUGUAACAUGCUUCUGAUUGUGCAGCACAUGACUGGACCUUGUGUACAUUGGUUUGCAUUCCAUUGAAACUCUCCUUGAUACCACCUGAUGCAGCACAGCGCCAUUUAUUCCUAUCUUUAUUUUGCAAUAUAUCACAUUCUUGAUAGCAAAUGGCUUCUGUAAAAUAAACUACAGUACUACUCAUGGCAAAUUUGUACAAUGCAAGAGAAAAGAAAUAAUGGAAUACAAACCUUUAUACACCUUUAUAGUGUAGUGGACUAAACAUGAAAUCAAAUGGAACUCUGUGAUGUUUGUCAAUGUUGGUUACACCUUGGUGUGUUGUAGGUAAUGGCUGUUUCUCAUCGUUUGUUCUGCAUCCCACAAGCACACACACACCAGUCUAUCAACAGACCCACCUGCGUUUGUCCUAAAACUCUGUGCCAAAAACCUUCUCCUAUAUUUGAAAUUCUCAGGUACUGUGUUAAAUGUUUUUAUUAGUAUAAUCCCCAAAUCGAAUCACUAAAUUCAAAACUGAAAAAUCACUUUCAGCACAUUAGAAUAAAGUUUGAUUUAAAAUGCAAUCAAUAAGUAGGAUUGGCUCGUGACCAUAGAAAUUGUUUGGGGCAGGACAACAUUAAUUACUACAUCUUAACAAUUUCAAACUAAAUUUGCCUAAAAAAGUAACCCAUAUAUAGUCAAGAGCUGACAAGACAAGAACAAGCCUAAACAAACUCAGUCUGGAGUUUUCUGUUUACUAUUAAUUGUUCUCAAAUACAGAUUAAAAAUCUAGCUAGUUAUAUAUUAUAUAGGUAACCUGAAACUGAUAAAAAAAAACUGUAGAAUAAUUUCCUCUCAAUUUAUUGAUCAGAGAAAGGACUAUAAGAUAGCAGUGUUCAUUUUAAUAACUUAUGUUCAAAUGUUUAUUUAUUUAUUUAUUUAAUUCAGUUUGAAACAGUUUGUGUAGUCUCUGUCUCCAUUUUCACAGUGUGAGAAAAACACAGAUCUGUCCUGUCUGCUGAUUUUUCAGUCAUAAACAAUGCAUUCAUAGAGCAAGCAUGGGGCAGAGUGAUUGCUGCCCCGGUGGGUCUCAGUUUGCACCAGCUCACCGCUGUGUGCAAUAAUAACUCUAUGGAGCAAAAUGGAGCACUAAACACACUGCUUCAAAAUCCCAAAUCAAAAUUUAGAAAGGCAAGUAAAUCAAUGGAAUAUUAGCUUUUAUCUGUCAAAACAGCAUAUUUUUUCCUUUAAAUCUUUGGGCACUCUGAACAGUUCAUUAAUAAUGCAAGAUUAACAUCAGUUGCAACAGAUAGAUUUGGCUGGGCUCUGCCCCACUUGCCCCUAUGGAUGAGCUGCUACUCUUAAGACAUAAAAGGUGUUAUGUAUGUUAUAUGUUAUGGCAAAUAGCCACACCAUAGCAGACAUCUCAUAAUUCUAAAACUAGCUUUGCAUACUAGGAAGGCCUUGAUUCCUCUGCCAUUUAAAACACCAGAAGGCCUGAUAGUAUUGUUAUUGCUAACCCCUGUGUGAGCAUGGGCAAAGCAAAGUCCUCAGCUAGUGCUUCUCUCCUUUCAGGAGAGGGACAAAUGUGAGCAUUACUCACUGCUUUCUGGUCUGGUGUGUGUUCUAAUACUGAAUAACCCUGCACAGUCUAACGCUUGGUGUGUCUGUUUUCUUGCUCCUUCCUUCUAUGCGUCCUCCUCUUCUUCCUUUCUGUGUGACCGAUUCAUGGACUUGCACCGUCUUAUAAUUGUAAAAUAUGAUUUUUUAUUCAUUUGACAGUUUUACACUAAAUUAUUAAUUUGCACAUUAGGUACUGAUGUAAAUAGUAGGAAGAAACAAGAAAAGAACAAAACAAGAUUAGUUUGUUGUUAA